AUGGCCCCGGCCCUGCAGGCCUCGACGGCCAUGCUCGCGCGCCGCCAGCUCACCUCCAGCUCCCUUGUGGCCGCGAGACUCUUUGUUGCCCAGCAGCGAGGAUACGCGACGCCCCAGGGACCUCCCCCCGCCAACUUCCGAACGAGCAGACAGGUGCAGUGGACGUGGGAUAAGGAGAGCACCCUGGACCGCAUGGGCAAGUUUUUCCUCAUGACGGAGAUGGCGAGGGGCAUGUAUGUGCUGCUCGAGCAGUUCUUCCGACCACCCUACACCAUCUACUACCCCUUCGAGAAGGGCCCCAUCUCCCCCCGAUUCCGAGGCGAGCACGCCCUCCGACGAUACCCCUCUGGUGAGGAGCGAUGCAUUGCCUGCAAGCUCUGCGAGGCUAUCUGCCCCGCCCAGGCCAUCACCAUCGAGGCCGAGGAGCGAGCCGACGGAUCCCGCCGAACGACCAAGUACGAUAUCGACAUGACCAAGUGCAUCUACUGCGGUUUCUGCCAGGAGUCUUGCCCCGUCGACGCCAUCGUUGAGAGCCCCAACGCCGAGUACGCUACCGAGACCCGAGAAGAGCUGCUGUACAACAAGGAGAAGCUCCUUUCCAACGGAGACAAGUGGGAGCCCGAGCUCGCAGCCGCCAUCCGCGCCGACGCGCCAUACCGAUAA